CAAAUAAAAAAGAAUUUAUUCAGUUAAAUGACUACACAUUCGAAUGCUAUCUGACUGUGUAAUAUCUAUAACAUGGUUCAAAUUGCCUUUUUUCCAACCAUAAAGCACAUACGGCAGAAUUUCCAUCAACCUUUGUAAUGUGCUCUCAGCGAAAAGCUGUAUGCGCACAUGUAGCGCAGCCCUAACUCCCUUGAUCAGGAUGUCAAAACUACUUCCUGCUAGCAACCAAUCCGCGACGCCUUCUUGGUUUCCAUGGUGCUGUUGACAUCAACCGUUACUUUUCUGUCCGUUGAACUAGCAAAUUGACGAGUUAAAAACACGAACUAACUUAUCUAUCGGAAACCUGACUUUACUAUUUGUACAUAUUUCUGUGCCAGCAGGUUGAGUGGAUUUAUUCGCUGAGGUUUCUCUGGGGCUUGGAUUGCUCUACGCCAGAGAGCUACGCUAGUUAGCUAAAGUUAGCCUCGGCUAAUCCAGAAAAGGAACGGCUUCGUUUAUUAGCUGCGAGCACGUUACGUAUCGUUCAAGAUGAGCGAACAGCUGAAAUUAAUCGUUGAAAAGCUGAAUAUGGACCCAUUCAAAAAAAACUUUAACCUCAUCACGUUUGAUUCCCUCGAACCGAUGCAGCUGCUACAAAUCUUAAACGAUGUUCUGGCUGAAAUCGACCCAAAGCAAGCUCUAGAUAUCCGUGAAGAGAUGCCUGAACAAACCGUAAAAAGAAUGUGUGCUUUGCUGGGGAUGUUAAAAUACAAACCUCCUGGCACCCACUCUGAUGUGAGCGUCUUUAGACAAGGCUUGGUGGCUGGCAGGAAGCCCGUGGUCCACCCCAUCCUCCACUGGCUGCUACAGAGGCUCCCUGAACUGAAGAAAAGGGCUUACUUGGCUCGCUUUCUAGUCAAAAUCGAGGUGCCUGCAGAGUUCCUGCAGGAUGAUGUCAUCAAUGACACCUCUAACCAGUAUGAAGAACUGGUGGAGGGUUUUAAGACGUAUCAUAAGGAGUGUGAGCUGCUGAGGACCUCCGGCUUCUCCACAGCUGAAAUCCGAAGGGAUAUUAGUGCAAUGGAGGAAGAGAAGGACCAACUAAUCAAACGUGUGGAGAGGCUGAAGAAGAGGGUGGAGUCAGUGUCCACCCAUCAACGGAUGCUGGAACAGGCCAGCCAGCUGCGGGUGGAGAAGGAGAGAGAAGAGUCACUGAGUCACCAGAAGCAAGAACAGAAAAACCAACUGUUCCAGGCGGAGCAGAGGCUGCAGAGAUCCCAGCAGCAGUUGAAGGAUUUGCGGCAGGCGGCAGCAGGCGCCAAUCCAGAGAGCUUAAUGAAGAGACUUGAAGAUGAGAUCAAGAUCAACUCCUACAUGGUGUCUGAGAAGCUUCCCAAAGAACUGGAGGGUGUGAGGCGGACGGUGCAGUACCUACAGAAAGUAGCGUCAGAGCCUGCCAUGGGGCAGGCUGAUCUCCAGGAGCUGGAGGACAAGAUUAGAGAUGUCGAUUCUCAGAUAAACCAGCUGUUCGAGAAGCGGAUGAUGAGAAAUGACCCCAUGGAUGACAAGCUGACCCUCUACAGACAACAGGCCUCCAUCAUCCUUCGCAGGAAGGCGUCGAAGGCGGAGGAGCUUCAGGAAGCGAGGGAGGAGCUGGCCACAGCGGAGAGGGAGCUGAGGGAGAGGAGCAACCAGGCCCAAGCCUCCGAGGGCGGAGAGGUCGUCCGCGGUGAUGAGCUGAAGCGUAUGGUGGUGAAAUUGCGCAGCAAGGGUACAGUUUGCAAGAAGCAACGUGAGGAAAUCGCUGAGCUGAAAGCCGAAUAUGGAGUCCUGCAACGAACCGAGGAGAUUCUUAAGCGCAGACACGAGACCGUCCAACAGAAACUGCAAACUGUGGAAGCAGAGAAGGGCAUCUCCGGCUACAGUAACACUCAGGAGGAGCUGGAGAGGGUGUCGGCCAUCAAGAGCGAGCUGGACGAGAAGAAGGGCCGCACACUGGAUGACAUGUCUGAAAUGGUGAAGAAAUUGAACUCCAUGAUAGUGGAGAAGAAGUCCGCUCUAGCGCCCGUUAUAAAAGAGCUGAGGUCACUGAGGCAGCGGUGUCAGGAAAUAAACCCGGACUAUGACGAAAAGAAGGCGCAGUAUGAAAGUUGUACUGCUGGUUUAGAGAGCAACAGGUCUAAAUUGGAGCAGGAGGUGAAAGAAUUGAUACGAGAGACCGCACAGGAGGAAAACCGAUAUCAUCAUAUCAACUGCAUGUCAGAGAUCACUGAGAUGCAAAUACAGCGGGCAGCCGAAGAGAUGAAGGCCUAUGUUUCCUCUGAUCCACUGGAGAGGAAGAAGGCCAUCAGCGAAGUGUACACAAAGAACAUUUCAGAGCAGGAGUUACUUGGCAAGAAGUUACGUGAGAAGCAGAAGGUGGUGAGGGAGAGCCACGGCGCCAACAUGGAGCAGAUGAAGCUGUGGCGUGACCUGGAGCAGCUGAUGGAGUGCAAGAGGCAGUGCUUCAUAAGAGCUCAGAGCCAGGCGUCUAUUGGUCAGGUGAUCCAGGAGGGAGGCGAGGACAGGCUGGUGCUGUGAGGACUUGUCCAGGUCACCUACAGAGCACACCCUUCAACUUAAUAUCCUUAUCGUUAUAUCCUAUUGGACACGUUAGCACAUGGUUUGUGUCAUUGUUCACGGGGUUCAUCUGUCCCCUACAUGCCAAGAUAAAAUAUUCCUAUUGUUCAACCUUUUUACAAGCAAUAUAUAUAUAUAUAAACACUCCCAACCUUUAUAUCUUUCUUUAUGUAAGACAUAUUAGAUAGUUCGGCUGUCUAUGUAUUUUUAUCAAAUGUUUAUUAUUUUUGACUGAACCAUUAUAAUAAA